AUGGAUUUUUCAAUCGAAGAUAUAGAUCUUGAGUUAGAUCAUUUAUUAGAACCAAUAAAGAAACAACAUCAAGAAUUCAGGUCAUCACCGGUACAAAAAAUAUCAUUAGAUAAUCCCAGAGUGGUCUUAAAGCCAGAAUAUGAAAGUAACAACCAAGAUUUGUUCCAAGUAACCAAUUAUGAUAAUUAUAAUUCACCUUUCGAUAACUACGAACAAUUGAAUGAUAAAGAUACAAGAUUAAAUAAAUUAAUGCAAGAGUUUGAGAAUGAUGAUGAUAAUAAUGAUUGGGAGUUAGAUGAUCAAGGAAGAACUAGAAUAUUCAAAGGCAGAUUCAAGUUCAAUAUUGAUGAUAAUGAUGAAUUGGAGAAUCAAUUAGAUAGAUAUCUUAACUCAAACAAAGAGAACUUUAGUCCUACCAGAGGGCCAGUAAAGAAUGUCAAUAUAAAUAAGAGAUUAACUAACAAAAUAACCAACAGAAUCGAUAAAUCAGCAACGAAAUUGAAGGGUAGUUUUAGAUUACAGAAACCUUUUAGAGCCAUAAGGCAGAAAGGAUUGUGCAGACCAAAUCAUAGAGUGAAAGCAUCCCUUAGACCAGUAAUCUCGUACAAAGCUAAUCAACCAUCUAUAUUCCUAGUUGAUUCAUCAACUGGAUCUUUAAAUGAUGCAACUCAAUUCGGUACCGAGUUGAAUGCUUCCAAUUGUGAAGGAUUUCCUUUACCCGAAGAUGUCAAUGAAGUAGUUCAAAUACCUACCAAUGAAGAUAAUGAAAAUACCAAGAUGGCCAUCAUCAAAACCUUCAACAACAAGGUAUUCCAUGAUGAAGGUGAAAAAUAUCAAAAAGUUGGAUUUUACCUGAAAACAGAAUACGACAAUUUCUUGAAAACUUUACCAACCACUGAUGAUGGAGUAGAAGUGGUCAAUCAAGUGCCAGCAUUAUCGAUGAUACCCGACUUGAGGAAAUCAAACAGAAAGACAGUUAAGUUUGCUGAUGCAGAUAAAUUAGAAUGGUGA